UGAAUAGCUUUCAAGUGAGGAAAUAUCUCAAACAAAAAUCUGAUGUUCCUUCUCUCGAAUAUCUUAAGAUUGAUGAUCCGCUUCCAUCGUGUGCUUGGAAGGAUAUUAAGGGAAUAAAGCACAAGUAUUUCUCUGGUAUCGAUGACUCUUCAACCGUAAGAGAUGUAUUUCACGCUUGGGAAGUGUACUUUGGAGAUGAACAGAGAGCGCUACUCGAGUCCAAAAUUUGUGUCAAGCUGUAAAUCACCACUCAAAUCCAUCAAAUGGAAAAACUCCUCUACCUUUCGCAGAACAAACCCAGGAAGGAGGAUAGCGAAACGCAACUCAGAUCCCCCGCAACACUUUCCAACACAACUCCACCAUCAAACUCAAAUCCCACUGCUGAUCAAUCACUCUCACAACCAACAUUCGCCACCUCAACAACUCCUCCUCCACCUCAUGUCUCCCCGAGCCGUCCCAUCCACCUCACCAACGCCCAAAUUGAAAAAAAUGGCGUCCGGGAACAAUUGCUCAGUUCAGCUCCUCAAACCCCUUGCCAACUCCCUCCCUUCUCCACCAACCUCGAACUUUAUUCCCAGAACCGUCCGUAUCUGCAAGAUGUGUCAAGAAACACGCAACCCUAAUCUCCUCAACCACCUCAUGAUCAACACCUCUCGACCACGCAUCGAAAAAAGGGGUAAGCAAUACCGUCUCUCAUCCCGCGGGAUGAAGCCCUCCCUCACAUGUUGUGCUAAAAAAAAAGUUUUUCUUUCCCUCCUUGUCUCAGCUCGGCACUUGGGACGAGGUCUGAUAGACACUGCUGGUGUAUUUGCCCGAACGCUGUUUGAUGUCCGUCGAUCUCUCACUGGAGGUCUAGCCCGAGCUUCGUUGUUGAUGUUUUGAUGAUGUGUUGCGUUCGGUGCAAGUCAUACCGCUCUCAACGCCGAGAAUACGAUGUGUCGUCUCGAGUGGCAAAGGCGGUAGGCUCUGGGAGGAAACUCGGAGAUCAGCUUGAUACUGCCUAGCAUGA